AUGGGCGUGGACCAGAGCCCCAGUUCAAAUCUCAGUCCCAAUCCAAGUUCUGUUAGUUCUCGAAGUUUGAGAGGAGAGCCCGCGACGGCUCAUGUGGAGAUCAAGAAGGUGGCAAUUGCGAUGGUAGCGCCUUCGGCUACAUCGGAAGAACCCAAGUAUAUUUCGCAGUGUCAAGCAAUUAUUCGAAAGAGCCAGAGUAUGUAUAAACAAGGUGUGCAUUUGAUAUCUCGUCCUAGAAAUGACUAUGUCGAGAAUAUGAAGUUUGUGUUAUAAGGAAUUAAU